AUCUAUAAAAUUUCCCCCAAAAUAAUAAAAUAAAUAACUUCAAUUAACGAGUAUUAUCAAAAAUUAUUAAAAAGUUAUUGGUGUUUUGUGUUUUUUUUUUAAAAAAAGAGAAAAUAAUUGUAAAUAAAAUUCAGGCAAAAAUAAAAUGAAAUUAAUGUAAAUAAGUUAAUAUUGCAUAAAAAUACCUUGUUUUUGUGUUAAAUAAAUAACAUACAAAUGUUUUUCCAUUAUUAAAUACAUAUUGAAAUUGUUUAAACAAAUUUUCAAUAUAAUUUUUAUGCAUUUGUGAUAAAAACAAAACACUCUCCCUAGACACCAUGCCCAAUUCAUUGCCCCAUUAUACCAAUGAAAAUUAUCAAAAUGGCUUUGGUAGCAACAACUUUGGUUCAUCGAACUUCCUAUCACCCAACAGCCUCAGCGAUCGCCAGUCCAUGAUGAACGCACAAUCAAGAAGAAAAUUUAGUUUUCCGGCCACACUACAUUCGACUUCAUUGCUGGAAGUUAAUCAGAAUUCCACCCGUAGACGUUUAAGUAAUGUCAGUGAUGUGGUAACGAGAAAAUUAUCGUAUACGAUAGGCUGGAAGGCGGCACAAAUACCGGCACAGGAUAUAAUAACACAAGGACGCUGCUUAUGUGGCCAGUAUAUAAAAAGACGCUUGCGCAGAUCGGGUUUGUUCAAUAAAAAGUUGGGUCUUCAACGUAUACGCAGUAUUUUGGGCACAUCGACAAUGUCUGUGGUGCGAGAAGUAUUUCCAGCUGUUAUGGUGUUAGGCGACGAAUUAGAACGCAUGCAUCCUCGCAUCUAUACCGGUGUAGCUCGUCAAAUUUGCCGUAAUCCCGGCGGUGAAUUUCAGUCAGCCGAUACAGUUAUUUUACUAUUAAGUGCCGUUGCCAGAGACCUCUUUCGCCUCGAUAUAACAUGGAGUAAAAUAGUUUCAUUAUUUGCCAUUGCUGGAGGUUUGUCGGUGGAUUGUGUGCGUCAAGGACAUCCCGAAUAUUUGCCGAAACUUAUGCAAAGUGUAUCGGAUGUUAUAGAAGAUGAGCUGGUGCCUUGGAUAAAUGAAAAUGGUGGCUGGAUUGGCAUUAAUAAUCAUGUUCAUCCGGCCACUAAUAAACUAAAUCCUUUGGAAUGGACCACUAUAAUAAUUGGCAGCGUAUUUGGUUUAUUUUUAGUUUUUAUUUUAAUAAGAUUUUUAAUAACUUAUGUUAUACCUAAACUAUACCAGCGUAUAACUGGUAAAUGAAAUCUGAAAUAGUAUUUUAAUGUACCUAUUAAAUUGUACCUAAUAAUAAUAAAAAAUAUGCUAGACCA